UAUCGAUACUGCCAAGUGUAACUAAGUUAGGAUAGCUGAGAGAGACACACUCCAUUUCGUGCUUUAAUCCCCACGUUGUCCAGAAAGACUCGAUGAGAGAAUCUCAAUCUUGUUCCAUCUCCUCACGUGAGUCGUUACACCAAGAUGAUUUGGGGAUACACGAGGAACAAAAAAUUAGUUGAUGCGUUGAAUCUGUUCGACGAAAUGCCUGAGAGAGAGAUGUAAGGAGAUGAAUGUAGUUGCUGUGAAGCUAGGUUCAAGGGUCGAUUCCUUUGUGGCUAAUUCUGUGGUUGUGAUGUUCAGUGGAAACAUGAACGACGCCGUUUCAGUGUUCAUAGAUAAUUGGAGGAAGAACCUUGUCUCGUGGAGUUCAUCCAUCGUGGGUUUCUACAAAAAGGAAGAAAGCUUUUUGGUUACUUGUCAAGCGGACCAAAUCAUAUCUAGAAAGAUUAAACACUACACUUGUAAGGUAUAUAUCUUGGGAAGAAAAAUAGAUGUUGUGAUAUCGUAGUGACAGGCU